AUGGUGGCGCUGGAACUGAGGGGCGCGGACAAGACUGCCGUGUUCGACUUCCUCCGGACGGACGCCGGGAUGCUGGGGGAGGUGCUGAACCGCCUCGUGAGAGAAGACUGCCUAGCCGCGGAUCAUUCCGCGGCCUUCUUGAACAGCAAGUCUCUAGGUACCCUCCACAACGUGAAGCACGGCAAGUCCGACCACCUCCCCACCUGGCUGGAGACCGGCUUCGGGGGGCGCCUGAAGAGGCUCCGCGACACCCUCCUGGGGCCCAAGGACUCUCCGGUACUCCACGGGUACUCCGUCGGCAUGUACUACUCCAUGCCCGUCCUGAUAGAGCUCCUCCUGCAGAUCACAAGCGGCAGCUCCAGCAGCAUCUACACCAACUCCGCCCUGGGAACCGGCGAGCUGGACUACGAGAGCGUGGUGCCUAUGGCGCUGCUGCACUCGCUCGUUGUGUUCGGCGGCCUCUCUCUGGGAGCGGCCAAGAUGAGUUCCGUCAACUUCUUCUCCUUCAUGAUCAUCAAGCUCGUGCUGGCGCAGACCCAGUUCGUGGCGGUGCUGAUCGUGGCCAGCGUCGUCCUCCUGCCCUUCAUAACCGGGGCUGCCUUGCUCCUUUGGUGGGACACGCCGGCUCUGGCCGCGACGUUCAUCGGUGUUUUCUUUUUCGUGGGCACCUACAUCAUGCUGGUCUCCCUCAUGCUGUCUACCACCGGCGGCAAGCCCUGGAGCUCCAACAGCGGAAGGUGCUUGCUGUUGGCGCACGGCGUUCUCCUGAUUAGCCCCGUGCUCUCGGAACUCGGCAUCAUUCCGGAAGAGUGGGGGGCUCAAUCGUUCAUGGCCGGCGUGGGCCUUCUUCUGUUCAUCCUCGCGGCGGGCUUUACGAUGAACGUACGGAGGCUGUACAAGAUGACCGGCAACAAGCAGCGGCUCACCCUUACGGAAGACGAGUGGAAGGAGUGGAUGGAGGAGCACAAGGACCACACCGAUCCGACCUCGCUCUUUUACGAGAGGCGGUGCCCAAGCGGUGGAGCGCGGAGUGGGACAUGCGCCUCAAGAAGGGACACCAGGGCGACGAGUCUGGUAGUGGGCUACCUCGGCAUACUGGUUGGGCUGUUCCACAAGAUCUUGUUCGGGGGAUCGAUCUCCCGGCAAAAGGCGGCCGUCAAGGUGUCUACGGCGGCCCUGAUCAUGGGUUACGGCCUGGGGCUCGGCCUCGUAGGCUUCAACCGGUACCUACACUUCUCCGACGAGCCGCUCUCGUUCGCCACCAUCGGCUUUACCGGGUUCUUCUACGGCUUCUUUUCCAUGUACAUCUACGGGGAGUUCCGGAUUCUUACUCAGCAAGAGAACCGAGAGCUCAUCCGCCGAACGCUGUUCGGUAACGGCAUGGACCCUAGCGGCUUGUGGACGAAGGCCCCUCGGUGCUUGCAAACGGCCUUCGGCAACAAGGUGCCGAGGAACGAUGACUUCUACCGGUGGACCAUAUCCCCGGUCCCCGACCGCUGCAUCCUCGACCACGGACUGAACGCCCUCGUCGACCCCGAGCAAGACGAUGUGCUGUACGUGGCAGAGUCCGUCUACGCGGACAGGCAGUCCUUCAUGGAGUGCCUCAUGCACGAGACGUACGAGUGGGCUUACGGCUCCCAUCAGGUGGGUGUGCUGGCAGAGCUUCUUCGCGACCCGCUUCCGAUGCGGAUGCGGAGACAGAUCGCUGGGGAAGAGACGCGGCUGCCGACGCUCGUUGACCGCACCCUUCCCUGUACCGUGGACGUCAUCAGCAUCGGAUGCCUUAAGAACGAGAUGUUCUGGAGGGACCUCUCGCCCCACUCGCGAGAACUGGUCCUGAGAAUGGUCCUCACUCAGUCGCCCACCCACUUCCGCCACGUCGAGGACGAAGACACGGAGAGCAACUACAUGAAAUUCGCCAUCGACGAACAGCCCCAGGGGCAGGGCGGGGCAUUGGACCCUCAGAGCGACCUGGCUCUUGCGAUGCGCCUGGGUUGCAGGACCGGCCACGUGCUGGUAGCGGCAAUGGAAGAAGCAUCUCUGGGGUUCGAGCCUCACUUGGUUGUGGCCCGGGCUGCUCUGCUGUCGGGCCUGUCGCAGUGCGUCAUGCGCUACGCACUGGCGCACAUCGCGUCCAAUCCCACCAGCAGCAACAGCGGGGCCCCGGCCGUCGGUUUGGAGCGGUUCACGUCGGUGGGCCAUCUCGCCGGCCGCCAGAGGGUGUGGGGAGCCAUGGCCAACGCCAACAUCAUUAGGGGUGGCAGUGGCAAGACCUACGGGCGGCUAAGCAACGUGGAGGCCCUCCUGGGAGAGGUGCAGACGGUCUUCCCCCCCCGGGGAGCUUUCCACCUGGACUACAUGCUCUUCGGCGCGGCGUCCGGGUGCAUGGGUUUCGACCGAGAGGCAUUUGCUCUCAUGCUCGACCAGAACCCCCGUUCUUUGCCCAUCUUUAUCAAGAUGCACCGGGCCUCCCACUGGCUGUACAAGAAGCUGCUGCACCACAUUGUGCUCAAGACGGACACGCUCAUCAGCAACCUGAUGAAGACUAUCAAAGCCAUUGACGUAGAAGCGCUCGACGGUUUCGUCGGCAUCGAGGAGAACGAAAGCGGCGACGCUGCGCGCGUGCAAGGCGGUUCCUCCCCGGCGGAUGAUCCGGAGAGUGGAAACUGGCUAGUCGAGCAAAGGCGUUCCUUGGAGCGCAUGAUCCGAGACCAGGACCUGCCCAUCGCCUUCAGUCAGUGGAUCGACCAAAUGUUGCUGCGACGGGAACCCUUGCUAGCGGACUACUGGGAUGCCCGCGACGCCGGCAACUUCUCGGAGGCCCUGGUCUCCCUCAAGCUUGUUGAGUCCGACCUAUCGGUGCCGCUCCUGACGGGCAUCCCGGCCGGGCUCAGCUCCUACGAAGACCUCGCCACGUUCGCCAAGUGCGGCAGCACCAUCGGCAUGAUGCGGGCGCCCCGGGACCCCGAGGGGGGCUCCGCAGCGGAGUGCCGGCUCGGGGGGGGGAGGGAUGUGCCCGAAGGCAACAGCACCCAGCCUUCCAAGAUCAAGGCGGACGGAGGCGUGUGCGUGAUCGCCAUGGACUCCGGGACGUGGCCUCUCUACGGAGGCGGGGUGUCGGUGUGCCGGAAGCAGCUGCUGGACGACACGGUCGGGCGCGUGCGUUGGAACACCCUCUUCGAGGUCGCCCUGCCGGCGCCCCUCCCCAACACAGUCGAGAUCCCGGAGAACAUCCGGCAGGUGCUGCCGAUCCCGCUGUGGAGCCAGAACGCGGGGGGUUCCUACGAGACGUUCAUGGCCCACACGUCGUUCAUCACGAGGGCCCUGAGGGAGUCGAGGACCACGAAUGCGGCCAUAAACGCAUUCUUCGUACCGCAGCUCAAGACGCUCAUCGACCUGGCCAACACCCCCGGGGAGUCCGUGUCCGUGGGGGGACUGGAGGUGGCGGCGACGGCCAUCGCCGAGAUCUACGCUUAUUUCCAGGUGUUCGACUGGGAGACGACUUGGAAAGCCGGAACGACUCACGACCACUGGGCAGCUUCUUGGCUGGCGUGUGCCGCGCGUGACAAGCAGGCGGGACCCCUAUUGAAUUCGGAGAGGCCCAACCUGGCGGAGCUUCACGAGAUCCUCAACUACUGGCAGACCCUUCUCACGUGCUUCCAGGUUCAACUCCCAGAGAUGAACGCGGUCAACAGAGGCGUCAUCCACGUCUCCCACCACGGCACUCAGGCCCUGGUGGGAAUCGCCGCGAAGCGUCUCUCCGGGUGGGGGCUCGUUGUGUGGGAUCACGGGAUGCUCUGGCGGGAACGCUGCAAGGCCAUCGCGGAGCUUCACAGCUCCAGCCUGUUCGUCCGCAAGUCACUCAUCAAUGAACAAGCCCUGGGAGAUGCGGGUCGUCUCCGAGAGGGACUCCGAGGUUCGGGAGGUGGUCUCCAGGAAGGCGACGAGGUGAACCCGGUGCUUAACGGCGCGCCCGCAUCGAUCAUGCCCAACGACUUCCUACCGGGAUUCAACGCGGACAACAAGAACGAGUGGGUAACGGUGGUGAUGCUCUCGCACGUCUACGCACUCAAGGGUGUGCUGACCGCCAUCCAGGCCGCCGACCUGAUCGUCCACCGGUACGGGAUGAAGAGGUUCAGGCUCAUGAUCUACGGGUCCACGACCCACGACGUGGUGUACUGCAGGCGUUGCCAGGACGCCAUCGAGCGCCUCAAGCUCACCGAGAACGUCUGGCUCAAGGGGAAGGGGAGGCCCGCGGCGGUUUUGGCCCAGGGAGACAUGUUCCUGAACUCUUCCGUCAGCGAGGGUCUCCCUCUCGCCAUCAUCGAGGCCAGCCGCGCAGGGCUGGUGGUGGUAGCCACGGACGUUGGAGGGACCCGCGAUGUCGUCGGUGAGUUCGGCGGCAUCUGCAUGCCCAACAGCCCCCUUCCCCUCGCCAAGACGAUGCUGGAAACCCUGGCGGCCUGCAAGAAGUGGUGCAAGAUUGCCGGCGCUCCCGACCUGGACUGGAGAGACAUCGACCUGUCCCCCAACCCUUCCCAGGUCUUGGAGAAGGCGAUUUUCAACGAGGACGUCAUCAACGCCAGGCACGACUGGGGAACGCGGUACCUCGAGUGGACCAGCAAGGCCUUCACUCUCGACAGGUACCGCGACGAGCACGUGCGAGCUCUCUGGUACGCCGACCGGCAGGCCAUGGCCAACUGCGCCAGGCUCACCCUCGACUGGGGCGCCGACCCGGGACAGAGGCGUCUCGCGGUGUCGUACCUGCGGCUCCGCCGCCUGCUGGAGGUGUCCGACAGGAAGGAGCACACCAACCUCAGCUUCAUCUCCAACUUCAGCGAGGUUCGCGCGAGAAUCAAGAGCGAGCAGAGGAGCCGGACGCCGAUCGAAAUCUCGAUCGACUCUACCCAGCUGGCUCAGAUGUCGUCUUUCCAGUGCGCAACGGCGGAGCUGCCUCUGCUUCAGUGGCUCCACGGCGGCAAGGUGUAG